AAAAAACCAUCGACCACUUUAAACCAGCUCCAAACGGCCCAAACCCCAACGUCGCUUGCCCUGUUCUUCCACCCUCAACAUCAACGAACGCCCGUUUCUUACAAUCGAAGCAACCGGCAUUUUUGAUAUUCUCCAAAGAAGCCAUUGGAUCUCUCUGUUGAUCGCAGGAUGGCAGGGAGAUCAGGGUUCGGGUCCUACGAUUCUUCCACCAUGAUAGUCACCAACACGCCGGCCAAAGAUCUCGCCUAUACCAAUUUCGCCUACUGCUCGCCCGCCGACCUUCGAAAAUUCUCCGUCCCUGGAUCCAAGCUCUUCCUCGCUUUGUUCAGUGAUUCCUUUGUCCUUUCCAUAUCUGCCCACGAUACCAUACCUAAUGGCCACAUUGCCCUAAAUGCUAUUCAACGUCGCCAUGCUAAAGUUUCUGCAGGGGACUCGGUAUCAGUAAGCAGAUUUGUUCCACCUGAUGAUUUCAACUUGGCAUUGCUUACACUCGAGUUGGAGUUUGUUAAAAAAGGGACUAAAGAUGAACAGGUUGAUGCUGUUCUUCUGGCUCAGCAACUUCGUAAGAGGUUUAUUAACCAGGUCAUGACUGCAGGACAGAGGGUUACUUUUGAGUAUCAUGGAAACGGUUACAUUUUCACUGUCAAUCAGGCUGCCAUAGAGGGGCAGGAAAAGUCUAACAAUAUUGAAAGAGGGAUUAUUUCAGCUGAUACGUACAUUGUUUUUGAAGCAUCAAAGUCCAGUGGUAUCAAGAUUGUCAAUCAGCGUGAAGCUGCUAGCAGCAACAUCUUUCGGCAGAAGGAGUUUAAUCUGCAAUCAUUGGGUAUUGGUGGUUUAAGUGCAGAGUUUGCAGAUAUUUUUCGAAGGGCCUUUGCCUCUAGAGUUUUUCCUCCUCAUGUGACCAAUAAAUUGGGCAUCAAGCAUGUCAAGGGAAUGCUGCUUUAUGGACCACCAGGUACUGGCAAGACUCUAAUGGCUCGCCAGAUUGGAAAAAUGUUAAACGGGAGGGAACCAAAGAUUGUCAAUGGGCCUGAAGUGCUAAGCAAGUUUGUUGGUGAAACUGAGAAGAAUGUUAGAGAUUUAUUUGCUGAUGCUGAGAACGAUCAAAGAACUCGGGGGGAUCAAAGUGACUUGCAUGUUAUCAUUUUUGAUGAAAUUGAUGCUAUUUGUAAGUCUAGAGGUUCAACUAGGGAUGGCACUGGAGUCCAUGAUAGCAUUGUUAACCAGCUUCUUACAAAGAUAGAUGGUGUUGAGUCUUUAAAUAAUGUUUUGCUCAUCGGAAUGACCAACAGAAAGGAUUUGCUUGAUGAAGCACUUUUGAGGCCUGGACGUUUAGAGGUCCAAGUGGAGAUCAGCCUUCCUGAUGAGAAUGGACGGUUACAGAUUCUUCAGAUUCAUACAAACAAGAUGAAAGAAAAUUCUUUUCUUGCUCCAGAUGUCAGUUUGCAAGAGCUUGCUGCUAGGACAAAAAACUAUAGUGGGGCAGAGCUUGAAGGUGUCGUAAAAAGUGCAGUAUCAUUUGCCUUGAACCGGCAACUGAGCAUGGAUGAUCUGACUAAGCCAGUGGAUGAAGAGAGUAUAAAAGUCACCAUGGAUGAUUUUCUGAAUGCCCUGCAAGAAAUUAUUCCUGCAUUUGGUGCCUCCACAGAUGACCUUGAACGGUGCAGGCUUAAUGGCAUGGUGGAAUGUGGACGACGACAUGAACAUAUCUAUCAAAGAGCUAGGCUACUGGUGGAGCAAGUAAGAGUGAGCAAAGGCAGCCCACUUGUUACUUGUCUUUUGGAAGGCCCAAGUGGCAGCGGAAAAACUGCAAUGGCAGCUACUGUUGGUAUUGACAGUGAUUUCCCCUAUGUCAAGAUUGUUUCGGCUGAAUCCAUGAUUGGGCUUAGUGAGGCCAGUAAAUGUGCACAAAUUGUCAAGGUUUUUGAGGAUGCUUACAAGUCGCAAUUAAGCAUUAUCAUCCUUGAUGACAUUGAGAGGCUACUGGAGUUUGUUGCAAUUGGACCUCGUUUUUCAAAUAUAAUUUCUCAAACAUUAUUGGUCCUCCUGAAACGGCUUCCUCCAAAGGGGAAAAACAUUCUGGUGAUUGGGACAACAAGCGAAGUGAGUUUCUUGGAUUCAGUUGGCCUCCGUGAUGCUUUCUCCGUCACAUACCAUGUUCCAACAUUGAACAUAGAGGAUGCUAAAAAGGUGCUGCAACAGCUAAAUGUUUUCUUGGAUGAUGAUAUUGAUACGGCUGCUGAGGCCCUGAAUGAUAUUCCAAUCAAGAAGCUGUACAUGCUAAUUGAGAUGGCUGCCCAGGGAGAACAAGGUGGGGGAGCAGAAGCAAUUUAUGCAGGCAAAGAAAAGAUCAACAUCUCUCAUUUCUUUGAUUGCCUUCAGGAUGUUGUCCGAUAUUAGUGUGCAAGCUAUAGCGUUUCUCUUUUCAUGGCAGCUUCGAGUUUUUAAACCACAGUUUUGCUGCUUCCAUAUACCCUUUCUUGUCUAUUUUUCUCCUGUUCCAUCCGAUGAACAGGCUUAUUCUGCAGAUUGUAUUUGCCAUUCAGCUUUUUCCCAAAUCCCCUUUUAUGUUUCCUCUAUAUUUGUUCUUUUAAGGGUGUAGGUAUUGGGUUUAUAAAUGUAAACACUCAUGUUUUUGAUAUAAUUGAUAAGUAGCCUUGACAAUC